AUGGGUGCACCAGUCUCCGGCACGGGUGUGACAAUUUGGACCCUGGUUUCGUGCCCUAAACAUGCGCGAAGAGCUCGACUUGAGCUAUGGGGGACCUUAUAUGAGUAUAAUAUGGUCCCAUGGCAUUCAAGUGAACAUCCUACAAUUGUGACAUUAGAAGUUGAUGCCAACUCACCCACUUUGGAUAAAGAUGACUGUGAUGAAUAUAAUUCAGAAAUGAAUGCAGUUGGACGCAGCUACUAUUCAGAAGACUUUUACUCAGAGGAGGAUGGUCAGCUUUCUUGGUUUAAUGCUGGUGUUAGAGUUGGUGUGGGUAUUGGCCUUGGGAUGUGCAUUGGGAUUGGAAUUGGUGCUGGACUUCUCUUGCGAUCGUAUCAAGCAACAACCAGAAGCUUCAGGAGACGGUUCUUCUAA